CGGCACAGUUGUGUAAGUAAGCGAACCGGGAGCUGUCCAUCGGGCUAUCUAUGGUUUUCUCAGGUUCACCAAUGUUGCUUUAUUUGGAAAUCCCGGAAGCUGUGGGUCUUCUGUUUUAUUGACUGACUUAUGUAGCAAGUAAGCUGCAACACUCCUUUACAAACGCUGGGACCAGUGUGCUGGAAAAAAAAACAGGGCAAACAAUAGAGAAACAUACCCAGUGUAGCCAGCAUGGCAGAGAUUGAGAGCUUGGUGGAACGCCUUGAAAUGGCUGUAGUGCGACUUGAGACCGUGUCUUCUAAAUUCCAUGGCUCAGCACUGCCAGGUGGUGAUAUAGUGAAUGGGGUUGAUGGAGAUCUGGCUCCAUGUGUGGACGCCUAUGAUGUGAUGCUGAGUGCUGCUUUGGCUGAGUAUCUAAAGAACAGCAAGGCUAUCGGUGAAGAUGUGGAGAAACAUGCUGAAAUGGUCAAUGCUGCUUUCCAGGCACAGAGGGAUUUUGUGAAGUUAGCAUCUAUACACCAGCAGCCACCUGAGGCAGAUCUGGCGACACUCCUAAGACCCAUUUCAGUGAAGAUCCAGGAAAUCCAGAACUUCAGGGAGAAAAAUCGUGGAAGUAAGAUGUUCAACCAUCUGUCAGCCGUCAGCGAGAGUAUUCCUGCCCUCGGAUGGAUAGCCGUGGCACCCAAGCCAGGUCCUUAUGUCAAGGAGAUGAACGAUGCGGCCACCUUUUAUACUAACAGGGUCUUAAAGGAGUACAAAGACAAUGACAAUCGCCAUGUGGACUGGGUGAGGUCAUACCUGCAACUCUGGACUGAAUUGCAGGCCUACAUCAAAGAGCAUCACACCACUGGCCUCGUCUGGAAUAAGAAGGGCCCUUGUGCUUCAGGAGUAUCACUGGUGGCUCCCCGUGCUCCUGGACCCUGUCCCCCUCCACCUCCAGGACCCCCUCCCAUCUUUGAGGCUGACCCCCCAAAAAACAAUUCAUCAACGAUGCACUCGGCUCUGUUUGCGGAGCUCAACCAAGGGGAAGCCAUUACCAGAGGGCUCAAACAUGUCUUGGAUGGUCAAAAGACUCACAAGAACCCUGAGCUGCGAUCUCAGGGUGGUGUGGCCUGCCAGUCUCCCACAAAGAGCCAAACUCCCAGCCCCACCUCCCCCAAAGCAUCUCUACAGAGUCACUCGCCAGUACUGGAGCUGGAGGGCAAGAAGUGGAGAGUGGAAUACCAGGAUCAUGCUGACAGCCUUGUGAUCUCUGAAACAGAGCUGAAACAUGUGGUCUACGCCUUCAAGUGCAGUAACUCGACACUGCAGAUAAAAGGCAAAAUCAAUUCCAUUAUAGUUGACAAUUGUAAAAAACUUGGCCUGGUGUUUGACAAUGUGGUUGGCAUUGUGGAAGUAAUAAAUUCCAGAGACAUUCAAAUUCAGGUAAUGGGGAAAGUGCCAACCAUUUCAGUCAACAAAACUGAAGGCUGUCACAUAUACCUCAGUGAAGAGUCUUUAGACUGUGAAAUUGUGAGUGCCAAGAUUUCAGAAGUGAACAUUUUGGUUCCACAGGAUGGUGAUUAUAGAGAAUUCCCUGUUCCUGAACAGUACAAGACCAUAUGGGAUGGGUCAAAAUUGGUGACAGAACCUACCAAGAUGGCUGGCUAAAUUCACAAUGUGUUAUUGCAACACAAAUGUUUUAAAUGUUCAUAUGAAAAGCUAAAUGAUGAGAUGCAUAACUCCAGGAUACCAUAUCCAAGUAGUUAUAUGUAUUAGAAGUCUGGUUUCAAUGAUUCCUUGGUUUCCUAUCAUUUAAAUGUACCUUCUAUUAUAUAUGAACAAACUAUUGCAUGUAUGCAGUACCUACAGUAAUUGUUAAAAGACACAGGACACAUAAUCACACUUAAGGCUCAGUAGAUUAAAUUUAAUAUUCAGUUUAAUAUAUGUGAGCAAUGUGUCCAAUAUGGAUAUGAUGCCUUGUGUAAAGCAAGUCGUCUUAGAACAGCAGAAACAACCUAAAGGUUUUCCUAAGGAAGGAAGACUGUUCCAUAUUAUGGAAAUGCUCUUAGGAAAAGACCUCUGGUGACUAGUCCAGUGAAAUGGUACCCUUGUUUAACAGAAAGGUAGUCGCUCGUUUCAGUUUUAUAAGUCUGGAUAAACCUGUUUUAGGUAGCUCACAAUAUAAAACGUUGUUUUUAAACCUUGUAAACUUCACUGAAUGUUAUGUGCUCAACAAGUUGGCUAUACCUCUACCUGCAUUUUUAAAGAUUAGUUUUGUAUACCGUGUCCUUAUGGAGGAAACAAUGGUUAACAAACACAUUAUUUUCAUGUACAAUACUUCUCCAAUGAAAAUCAUUUUAACAUUAGUCUUGUAUAGAUGUGUGCCAUAUUUGCCAUUGUGUUGUGUUUGGCAUUUUACCACCACCUGUAUAGCAUUGUUUAUAUUCCACUAAUAAGUUACAUUUUACACACACACACACACAGUGCCAGUGUUUAAACUGCUAUAUUGCAGUGUACUUAAUUUGCACAGAGAUCAGAACAAAUAUACUUUAAUAAAUCCUCCAGCUUAUGUCAGAUGCUUUUAGUGUAUUGCUUUGGACUAGUGUUACAGAAAAGGUAGACGUGAUGUGUUGCAUGUUACAGUGUGUAACCUUUGCUAUAAUAAAGAAUUAUUUUUUUUUUCAAUCUGUUGAAUCAUCGGUUACCAUAUUUACUGUAGUUAGAUGUAUAGUUAUAUAAGGUUUCUCUUAAGCACAUUGUACAUGCAAAAUGCAAUAUGCUUUAAAUCGCAGCUCUAUCUAGCAAUAAACAUUUAAAUUAGCAAACUUUUGCUAGCAUAGUGUUGCCGAUUGUGUAUAUAUAAAUCGGCCAUGCAUUGUAACAGGUAAAACGUAUCUGGUAAUAAACGCACUGCAUACUCCAGUAUAGACUGACGGCAUAUUAACUUCUAACUAACAUAUUGUCUCCAGAUUUUCAAAUAAAACCAAGUCAUGAUUCAAUAUUCAAUGUGUUUGUGUAUAAAAUGUGUUUUUGUUUUUAAAGAAUAAAGAUUUUUUUCACAAUUAUCUAAAUCACGCAAAUACAAUGUAAACUGCAACCAACAUAAUUGCAAUAUGAAACCAAUGACCCUUUUUAUCUUGUUAUUCCCCCAUCACUCAUUCUAAAUGAUGUCUGCCUUUACCUCCCCCUAAACCCGUAUAUGUAGUCUUCAUACACAAGCAACAGGUAGAUAUAAAUACUACCAAUUCUUUAUUAAUUGAAAGAUAACUCAUUGUAUACCAAGCAUAUAUGAAUCAAAUAUCUUGCAGCAGUCUGUAAAGCUAUACAAAAACAUACCAGUUAAGGUCCUCUUUUGUGAUCCUCCACUUUUUAGAGCAAUUGAAUAGACCCUGUUCAUCUCUAGUUAAAAAAUAUAUAUGUAUUUAAAAAACAAUAACCGUACCCAUCAAGGGGUG